UUUCAUUUCCUAACUUCACUUCUCAGGCGUUUCCUUUCGUUUCUUCCAAAACCAAGCGUAAUUUUCCCGCCAAGUAUAUCAGCAAAGAGCCAGCUAGGUCUGAGGAGACUCCAUGGACAACCGUGGUCAGGCUCGAGGAAGCCCUCGAGGCGGAGGGUUCUCCGCGGAUCUUGGUCAAGCUCGAGGAAGCCCUCGAGGCGGAGGGUUCUUCGUGAAUCGUGGUCAAGCUCGAGGAAACCCUCGAGGCGGAAGAUUCUCCUCGAAUCGUGGUCAAGCUAGAGGAAACCCCCGAGGUGACCGACAUUCUCCACGCACCGGCGGCCACCCUCCCCUUCCCAACGGCCCUCAGGCCGGAGCUGGAACUCGUGGACCGUUUUCUAAUGAUUGUCCUGGUAGCAAGGAGUCCUGGUCUAACAGUGAAAUGGAAAGUCCCCAGCAAAUGUCACCGAGUAGCUUCUCAUAUCAUUCUGAGCAUAAGUCUGCCUUCAGUAAUUCACAUCGGCAUAAAUGGCAUCCGUCUGGAACUAAAGACACACUUCCCCGUGUUGAGAGUUUGAAAGAGGGACAUGAAUCAACUGAGUCUGCGAGCGUUAGACCAAAAGAUUUAAAGAACUCAGUUGUUCCAGAUUCAAGCCAUGAAGGAGAUUUUCCUUUGGGGGUAGAGAGAAUGCAUUUUGGGGUAGAUAUUCCAUUCCACCCUUCUCUGAAUCAUUCUGGGAAUUUACAUUUUGGGGUAGGGAGAAUGCAUAUAGGAGAAACCCUGAGCGAUAUGACAGGGUAUGGUGAAACUUCUCUUGCCUCCAAAUCUGAAGCCAGCAGUGGGGCUUUGCCUAUUAACAGUUCUGUAAAUAUAACCGGCCAUCGGAACCCAGAGCUUUCUGAACACUCGGCUUUUGAUUUAUGCCCAACCAAAGCUGGGAGUGGUGUUACCCUAAAGCCUCCUCUGCUAGUACAGAAUAGAGAAAGGCGGAAUGAAAUCAAGCGCUCCAUGGAACAGCAAAAUGGUAGUGUUUUAGAGUCUGGAAUGGUUCUUUUAAAGGGUUACCUUUCCCUUAGUGACCAGAUCAAUAUAGUGAAGCAAUGCCGAGCCUUGGGUUUGGGUCCUGGAGGUUUCUACGAACCUGGUUACCGUGAUGGAGCAAAGUUGAAUUUGAAGAUGAUGUGCCUUGGUAAGAAUUGGGACCCUGAGAAGAGUAGCUAUGGAGAUCACCGACCUAUUGAUGGUGCUAAACCGCCCAGUAUUCCUGUUGAAUUCUUUCGGUUGGUUAAAAGUUCAAUCGAAGAAUCCCAUUCCCUUAUAAGAAAAGAUUCUAAAGUUAGCAAUUCCGAAAGCAUACUUCCAUGGAUGUCCCCAGACAUUUGUCUAGUGAAUUUUUACUCAUCAUCUGGGCGACUUGGUCUUCAUCAGGAUCGUGAUGAAAGUGCACAAAGUCUCGAUAAAGGUUUACCGGUUGUCUCCUUUUCUAUUGGAGAUACUGCAGAAUUCUUGUACGGCAAUCAAAGGGACGUUGAGAGGGCAAAUAAGGUUUUACUGGAAUCUGGAGAUGUUUUGAUAUUUGGUGGAAAAUCAAGACGUGUCUUUCAUGGUGUAGCGUCUAUACAGCCAAAUACUGCUUCUAAGACCCUACUGGAAAAAACAAAUAUCCGGCCUGGCCGUCUGAAUCUUACUUUUAGACAGUAUUGAAAACCCUGUGUUUGUGUAUAUGUCGUUGCAAUUCAGAACUUUCGUUUUGGAACUAGUUCAUUCAGUUUAUUCAGAUGGGGCGUAAGGGAAACUUUUUGGGAAA